AUGCAAGAAAGUUCGACAGAAUCUAAUAAUAUUAAUGAACUAGAUUUCGAUCCUAAUAAUAAUUCUUUCAGACCUUGUGUUUAUUUUCUUAGCUCAUGGUUAGAUAAAUAUAAAAAAAGUAAACUAGAAUUCUAUUCUGUUACAUUCGGUAUAUCGGGCAUUAGUUUAAUUGCUCUUGGUCUAUGUGUUUUUAUUAUAAUCUAUACAGCAUAUGAUUAUUAUGGAAUAAAUAAAAUUAAUUGUUCCAUUGUAAAUAUAACACAUACGCAUGUGAAAUUAUGUGAAGCACGUCGGUGUCAAAUUUUUAAUUACUGUAUUCCUUACAUAUGUACAAUUGUGUUUGUACACUAUGAUUACAAUAAUCUUUCAUAUGAAUCAAAACUUUUCCCAUUUAAUCCGAAUAUAAAUUCAUCAUGUUCUUAUGAACCAUCAUCAUGUACAUCUCGUUUGCGUAUUCAACUCGAGCAAAUAACAUUUCUAAAAAAGCUCGAUUUUAAUCGUUCAAAAAUAGAUCAAUGUUGCCUUCAUUCAUUAACUCAACAGCCUAUAAUAUGCAAGAAUCAUCUUAAUUCUACGCAAUAUUCUAUUAGUAUUCUAUCUAUUAUUAUUUGUUUUUUAAUAGGCUUAAUUUUUAUUUCUAUUGGAAUAAUAACACAAUUACAUCUUAAUGAUUAUUUGAAAUCUUCUCAUAAGCAUGACGAAGACUUUCUUGAUACAAUACUAAAUUUUCAUUUUAGUAAUGGUACAUUAGGAUCAGGUAUUGAAAGAGCAACACCCGUUAAUUAUGAUAUAUUAACACAAGGACUAAGUCAUCAAAAUACACCAUCCACAACAAAGAUUCAUCAAAAUGAUGAUUUACUUUUAUUUGAUAUUGAUGAAGAAAAUGAAAUAUUUCAAAAAGAAUGUUUACAUAUUAAUCAUCAAGAGAAGCUACAGAAUGAAAUUAUUCGACAAUAUGAAUUAGGCAAUGAAGAAAUAAAAGCUACAUUGAAGACAAUUGAAAAUGAAUUUCAACAACAAAAAAAUGGAAAUUUACCAGAAAAUUCCAUUGAACGAAUUCGAGAUCUACUAGAAAAAGUCGAUCAUCUUGAUCUUUAUUUUCCAACAAUACAUCAACAAAUAUCAAUGGAUGAAAUAUCCAAUUCUAUAAGUCUCGACCAUCAACCCUCACCUAUUUCUGUUUUACAUCCACAUGUUCAUUUUCGCAUGAAAUAA